CUCUUCAUUUGUUUUCAGCAACCACAACACAUUCUAAUCUUGAGUGCAGAACUUCACCAAUUCCCAUCAUAAAAAAAAAAAAACUGCACCUUCAAGUUUAAUAAAAUCUUUGUUUAAAAUAAUGGCACGUGCAAGCAGUGUUGUGGUUCUCGCCCUCCUCAUGUUCGCCGUCAUUGGCCUCGCAUCCGCGGCGGAGAAGUCGUCACCAUCUGACGCCAGCGCCGACGACUAUGAUGAAGAUUAUUCCAUUGAUGACAUCAGAAGCGGAGCCUCAGCCAACGGCGUCGUCGCUGCACCCCUUGGUGGACCCGUGCCUCCCGGUGCUUUCGACCACGCCAAGGGUGGUGUUCCUUCUACCACCAGCGCCACCACCGCCGCCUCCUCCUCUUCCUCCGUACAUUUUUCUGCCGUCGCCGGUGUUGCCUCCGCCGCCCUUGCCGCCGCCUUCUACUUCUAAAUUUUCAAUGUUUAGCUGGAGAGGUUGAGUACUUGCAUGUAAACUUAGAUUCAGCAUGAAAAAUAUAUAAAAAUAU